AUGGCGAAGCAAUGCGAACCAGGUUUGGCUGUGCCGAAGCAGCAAACAGGGACAAGGCGGAGUCGGCCCGUGCUGCGCGAGAUCCAGGUGAGAGGAUCGGGUCAAGACGAGGACUUCGAGGACCUUGCUAAGGAGCGAGGAGGCAAUCGAGGCGGUCGAGGUCUGGAGCCGGAAGAAGAUCACUUUCUCGAUUACCAGAGCCGCUGGAAGCGCUGGGCCGCAGACAUCGAGUUCCGUCUUGCCGUUUUCGAAAGUCCCGAGAGAGGCAGAGGGAAGCGCGAGCGUGCGAAAGGCGGCGUGGGGGAGGUCUUGGAGCUGGAGCUCGAGGACCCUGACCACGUCGACUGGCCCAAAGCCAAAGCAUGUGGAAUCUGCGUUCCUUCUGAGCUCACCGAAACGGCCCGACCAGCCUUAAAGGAGCGUUCCAUCGCCCGAUGGAGCUUCGAGCGGAAGGCGCCUCCCGGUCUCGGCAGCUUCGGCCUCGCGGAGCGCCAGCACGCCGCGCAGGCGCUGGCACUCCAUCGCCUGGAGCACGCGCUAAGUCUAGCAACGUCCUUGAAACGAUCGUCUCCGCGACACGACCUUCACAGUCGUGGCCAGCAGUGGCUCGAGGAGAAGCGCGCAAAGGAGCACCAGCUUCGAGAGCAGCAUAGGGACCUCGAGCUGCGCGAGUGCACUUUCCAGCCCCAGACCGGCCAGACGGAGACCGGCCAGACGGAGACCGGGCGGCAGACCGGGCUGGCGCCGAGUCGCAGGACUCGGAGCACUGGAGCUGUACCUCUGCAGAGCGCGCGCUCGGUCUACGACCGGCAGCUAAGGUGGCAAACAGCGGUGAAAGAGAAAAAGGACCAGGAGAGGCAACGACGAGACGAGGCGGCUGAGGAGGGACUCCGAACGGAGCUGGAGCUGGCAAAAAGGCGCAGGUCUCAGCCACAGGAUGUGGAGCAUGCCUUCGCGUGCUUCCACGAGCGAAACCGCAAGUGGCAAAGCAUGCGGCAGGCACGUCAAGCACAACAGCAACAGCAAAAGCUAGAGAGGCUCUUGGCAUUGGCGCAGAGACGACGAGAGGAGCAGCGGAAGGAAGCAGGCGCUGUGGCCGGGGCAUGCCGGGGCGACGAUGGCUGCAUACGGCGGUUCGCGCACAGGGAGAACGAGCAGCUCGAGCUCGAGGCCCUGGAGGUUAACACCGACGACCAAGCAAAGAUCAGAGAUGUAAUGGAGCUCUACGAGGACCGUAAGAUAGCUCAGGUCAGCACCGCUUCUGAGAUGAUAAACUGGUGA